AUGCAUGGGGCAGCGUUGACAAAUGGCAUUGAUGGGAGCGGGAAGGACGGGACGUUUCCCCUGUUUGUUCGGGUGAACGGCAUUGUGUGGCCACAGACUGUUAUCUCAAAAUAUAUUCGAGGUGGGGAUGGGGAUAAGGAGAAUGGAGUCAUCACGGGUGAUGUGGAAGAGGAGUGGAUAAUCGAUAUCACUGGUCUGACUGGAGCAACCGAGUACGAUUUUGAGUUCGUCAAGAAGGGUGGGAAGAUAGUCUACCAGGCAAGUGCAUGCACAAUGCCUGCUCGAGCUUCCUCGGCUGCUCCUCCUGUCACCAAACAACCCUCGAGGCCUCUAUCACCAAUUACCACUCUUAUGCAUAGCUUAUCGCAGGCAAGCUCUUGCCUCACCGAGAAGAAGAACCGUUUGAAGGUCGUCAAGAAAAAUCAAAAGACUGCAUUGAGCGAUAUUCGGAAGGAAACCGAGAAGAAUAGAUCCCUCCUAGGGAAUGACCGUGGCGAUGAGCGGGCAUUCCGAAGAAUCCUGGCAUUGAAGGAAUCCAUCAAGCGUGCUGAUGAGGAGACCGAGAAAAUGACAAAGGAGAUUGAAGGGCUGCAGAACCUUCCGGACAAGCUCAAGGCAGAGUGGAAAGCCAAGAAAAGGGGUUGGCGUGAGGAGAGAGAUAAACUUUUGUCCGCACAAAGUCAGGCUGGGGAGGUGAAAGAAGCGGCAGACCGCCAGACCUCAACAGUCGAGUCAGAAGCGGCGAGCCUGGUGCAAAAGAAGGAAAGGUUGACAGUACGCCUUGGUAAACUCUGUGUCGAUCUCGAGAAGCUCGAGAAGGAACAUCAGCAGAAUAUUGAGACCCGCCGAAAGAGGGAAGCCGAGAGAGAGAAUGUUGAGAAGCAUCGUCUCUCCCUCGAAAAGGAAUUCUCCGAUGCCAUUCUCCGUAUGGAACAAAAGACGGUGGACUUUCGCAUGUAUUCUGCUGAUAACUGGGCAACCUUUUACGCUUACGAGUCCUCAAUCCAAUCCCAACCUCCUCUGUCAACGCUUGAUACUGGACUCCAGGGAACUAACAGCAACCGCAACUCUCUGCACAUUUCCACCCCCCCCGGCCUUAUGCUCCACCAAGGCUCUUAUACCGCAUCAUCCUCGUCCCUACCGACUGGCACAGCCGGCCCCACCCGCGAGCGCUCCUCGUCGGUAUUUUCCAGUGAAAGUGUUGUGACAAACAUGUCAGAGCUCGAACGUUCAGAGGUGAUCCGCUCCACCCACUUCCCCCGUGGAAACAGUCACGACCACAUAACCCCGUUCUUCCCUGGGGCGGUGGGGGCGGGGUCCGCGCUAGUAGGUUCACCGAAUAGGAAAGAAGUCUAGAAUGCCUCGUCGUAUGCCUUUUUUCGCGAUCUAUUUACAUGGAUGAAGGUGUAUCCUAAGUUCCGUUGGACUCUAUGUGGAGUUUCUUCCAUUAUUUGCUUCUUUCCAAUUGACUUUUUUCUGUAUCUUUUUUUGUAUCCGGAUGUUGAUCUUGCGGGGUUUGUGUCUGUGGAUAUUCUUGCAUCGGUUGAGCUAGAGGACAUUUUUAGGGAAAAUUUAUCACGGGUGUUUUUUUUUUCAUCAAGAUCGAUUGGUGAUUGUUUGAUGGCUUUUUUGCGGUUGUGAUUCAUUAAGUCUCACUCGGCGAAGCGGGCAGGGUGGGGGUAGAUUCUCCCCGGCUCUCGAGUCGGACUAGCUGCGCUUGGACUGUGUAUCAGAUAUCCAAUGACCAAUGCUUCGCUUUUCAGAAA